AAUCGCAUUUUGUGAUUCAAGGAGAGUCGCGUGUCACUUCCUGGUGUGGAAGCUGCGUGUUGCUGUGAAAAUACUUGACUAAUUCUCCCUAUUUUGUUUGUCCCUCAUCUCCGGGGCUUUUCAGCGAACAUGAACAGUGUCGGCGAGGCCUGCACCGACUUAAAGCGGGAAUAUGACCAGUGCUUCAACCGCUGGUUUGCCGAGAAGUUCCUGAAGGGGGACCGAAGCGGCGACCCGUGCACCGAGACUUUCCAGAAGUAUCAGCGCUGCGUUCAGAGGGCCAUCAAGGAGAAGGAGAUCCCGAUCGACGGGGUGGAGUUUAUGGGUCCCAACAAAGACAAACCGUAGAAACUCGCGCCGAUCAUCGGUGCCGAUAUCGAUACAGCACGCUGAUGGGAGUUUGGCUACGAGGCCCACUGAGCAUGCGCACAUGCGGGACGGCCGCAAAGAGAAGGCAGAACCUGAACCGGGCUCUUUUCUGGACUGGUUUCCUGUUUAGUGCUUCUUUUAGGCUUAGUGCAACACGAUGAACGUUUUAAGGUACUCGUCCAGCUGGAACUGUUUAAACUCAGAUGACCAGAGAAGUGACUAAUGUUCAAGGCUGCACCUGUGGCUGUAAACUACGGAACGACAAAUAGUUCAGUACAAUGAACACAUCAGGAUAUAGUGUAAAGUGUGUUCAUGAGCUUUUUAUUAAAAGGCUUGUUGUAAAUUUC